AUGCUUCCAUGGUCAAGAAGUCUCUGCGCGACAGUGACUCUCUGGAGAUCCUUUGCCUCGCAGAAUAAGCAUCCUGAGUUGGACUACGCUGCAGCAAGAGAGUGGUACAAGAGCUUCAACCCUCUGGAGUCGUUACGUGAUGUUGGAGAGGUGACCUUCGCCCGGUCCAGUGGCCCCGGCGGUCAGAAUGUGAACAAAGUCAAUUCCAAGGCGCAGUUGCGCGUGCCCAUCGGCCAGCUACUCCCGCUGCUUCCUGCCGCCUUGCACAAACCCAUCCUGACAUCACGUUAUUAUGCCGAGAACACGUCGAGCCUUUUGAUCCAGGCAGAUGAGAGCCGCAAGGCUCAAGCGAACAAGGACGCGUGCUACCGCAAGCUCAACGAGCUGAUCGUGGAUGUGUUCAAGCAUACCGUACCCGGCGAGACAACGGACGAGCAGAAAGAGAAGGUCAAAAGGCUUCAGAAGGCGGAAAAUGAGUCGAGACUGCGGUGGAAGAAACUGCAUUCGAGCAAGAAGCAGUCGAGGUCAUCCAAGAGAGAUUCUGAUUGA